AACACACUAAUACCUCGCCCGACGCUCGCGCGGAAGGCUCGGCAGCAAUGCCACGCCUCUCCGCUCUCGUCCUGCUGCUUUCCACGCCAACCACGCAUGCGCUCGCGGCUGCCAAGCGGCGCAAGCCCUCGAAGCCCAAGACGAGCGAGCCGGACUACAUUGACAUCCAGGACGGCGACGUCGCGUGGCAGUGCGAGUCCGUCGUUGAAACGCUGAAGAGCGGCGGCGUCGGCGUGAUUCCCACGGACACGGGCUACGCCUUCUGCGCGCGCGUGAAUGAGAAGGACGCGGUGCGACGCCUGCUGGAUAUCAAAGGAGCCGACUCGGGGAAGAAGCCUCUGGCACUGCUGUGCCGCGACCUGGCGGCAAUCGACCAGUACACGCGCUACCAGUCGCGGACCAUCUUCAAGGUCUUGAAAAAGGCGCUGCCCGGGCCCUACACGUUCGUGCUGCCCGCGUCGGAACAUCUGCCGCGGGUCCUCCUGAAGAACGGCAAGCGCCAGUGGAAGCGGAACACGGUCGGCGUGCGCGUGCCGGCCGACGCCGUCUGCGCGGCGAUCCUGGAGGCGCUGGACGGCGAGCCGCUCUUCUGCUCGUCCGUGCCGGUGUCCGAGGACGGCGACCAGCUCGUCUGCCACGGGCCGCUUGAUGAGGACGGGAGCUGGUGCUCGCUCGUGGAUUUCGUGGUGGACGCCGGGCCGCGGCCAAUCGAAGGGUCGACGAUCUACGACCUGGCGGCGGACGACGGACCGGUUUUAGUGCGCGAGCGCCUCGGGCCGCCGAUCCCGGAGCUGGAUCUGGUCGUCGCGUGAAUCAUUGUGUAGAUAGUUGUAAUUUAGUCGUAUUCG